CCUCCAACGCCAUUUCAACCGAUCCUGCGUUUCAUCUCAUAUACUACUAACACCCUCAGAACCGUUCCCCACUUGCUUUUCAAUUUUCUUUUUUUGCCCUUUUCGCCGCCCUCAAAGAGUUCAAGGAUUUAUACAAUUAAUAGUUUUUUAAUUUGGAAUGGCUGGAAUUUGCUGUGGAGUUGUUGGAGAAUCCGGAGAGACUUCUUCCUCUUCAAUCGAACCCACCUCGCGCCCCUCCGCUCGCCGGAGUUUGGACCUUUUGCCUUUGAGAUACAUAGCUGCUGACGUGUCAGUCCCGGCGCCGGAGAACAGCCGGAAGCGCCAGAAGCUGGAUCGGUGCGUUUCUUCCGCAAGGGAGUGCGAAAACGCGGUUCAGAGUUCCAAAUCGAAGGUAGCUAAGGCUGUUCGGAAUCGUUCUUCCAAGAUUCUUACGUUGGACUCGACAAGUCCAACAGUUUACGAGGGGUGUCUGAGGUAUGGGGUAACGUCCGUUUGUGGAAGGCGGAGAGACAUGGAAGACGCCGUUUCGGUCCGUCCAUCGUUUUGCCAGGAAAAUUUAUCUCAAGAUGAUAAGAAAGAGUUUCAUUUCUUCGCUGUCUUCGACGGCCACGGAUGCUCACAUGUGGCGACUAUGUGUAAGGAGAGGUUACACGAAAUAGUGAAGGAAGAGAUUCACAAAGCGAAGGAGAAUUUGGAAUGGGAAUCAACGAUGAAGAAGUGUUUCGCGCGCAUGGACGAAGAGGUUCUCAGGUGGAGCCAGAACAACGAGACUCCAAAUUGCAGGUGCGAGCUUCAAACCCCGCACUGCGACGCCGUAGGCUCCACCGCUGUCGUCGCCGUCGUCACGCCAGAGAAAAUCAUCGUCGCCAACUGCGGCGAUUCACGCGCCGUGCUUUGUCGCAACAAGGUAGCCGUCCCACUCUCCGACGAUCACAAGCCGGACCGGCCCGACGAGUUGCUUCGGAUCCAAGCCGCGGGAGGGCGCGUGAUAUAUUGGGACCGGCCUAGAGUGCUUGGAGUGUUGGCUAUGUCCAGAGCCAUAGGGGACAAUUAUCUGAAACCGUAUGUAAUUUCGGAACCGGAGGUAACGGUAACGGAGCGGAGUGACAAGGAUGAGUGUUUGAUACUAGGGAGCGAUGGGCUUUGGGACACGGUGCAGAACGACACCGCAUGUAAGGUGGUGCGGAUGUGUCUGAACGCGCAGAAGCCGGCGUCUCCGGUGAAGGAGAUGGCGGUGGACUGCUCCGACAAGUCGUGCUCCGACGCCUCCAUUCUUCUGACCAAAUUGGCGUUGGUGAGGCAAAGCUCCGACAAUGUUAGCGUGGUGGUGGUUGAUUUGUGGAGAGACCAAUCAAUGGCAACAACAAAAGGAAUUAAUUAAUUAAAUUUUUAAAAAAUGCUAAUCAACCGCCCCAAACCUAAAAUGGGAACUGUGCGUGGACACCCUUUGAUUUUGUGGAAUUUUGUUAUUGACAAAAAAAGGGAAGAAAAAUGAAGGGUGUUUACGUAGUGCUGAUUCCAUGUGAUUGUAAUUAAAAUAGUAGGGUGAAAUUUGUAAUUUUCAGGAUAUUAUCAACGAACCUUGGGAAAUUUUAAGAGUAGUGUGUGAACCAAGAGGUAAAUCAGGCUCUUGAGGCAUCGUUGUUUUGGUUGUAAUUAGAUAUAUAAUUGAAAUUGAAAUCAGCUUGGAUCUAUAA